GGGAAAAACAGGAAGACGAAAGUGAACAAGGAAGGAAGUGAUGGUGGGGAGAGUAGAGUUGUAAAGCUUAAAACUGAACCCAGUCAAAUGAGUCCCAAUUAAAAAAGAUAGAAACACAGAGAGAGAGACAGACUGUGUGUGUGUCUUUGUUUUGUGUCAUUAUAGUUGCUGCCUUAUUUCUCUCUCUCUCUUUAUAUAAUCUAAUCUAUUCUCACUUUUCUUUUCUCUCUCUUUAAUCUUAUGAAUAUUCUUAUUUUUUCUUUGUUUUAUUAAUAAUUUUGCAAAUGUAGAGAAAAUUUAUAUUCCUACAGAAGUUCCACACUCACCAUUAGGUUAUAUAAAGAAAAGGAAAUUAUGAGCAAAGAAAGGCCACCUGAGCCUCUUGAUUUCUUCAUUUGGACUGUUGAGGAUGUUGGUUUGUGGUUGGAAGAGAUAAAUCUGGGUAGUUAUCGCCAAAUUUUCAAAGAAAAUGGUGUUAAUGGAGAGUAUCUGGAGGGAAUGUCCAUGUUCACAACUGAACAAAUUCUACGGUUUAUAAGGCGGUGCCACAUGAAAUGGGGAGACUUCAUCACGCUGUGUAAGGAGCUUAGACGAAUAAAAGUGGCAUGCCUAAAGGGAGAGCAAAAGGUUCGCCGGCCAUGGUGGGCUCCGUCUUGUCUUUCAGCAGUUUUUGUGAAGGUAGCAAAACGCAACAGACAGUCACGAGUUGUAUCCUUGAAGCUGGAACCCUGAAGCAAGAACUUAUGUGUAUGUAUUUGUAAUUUUGUUUUUGUUUAGGGAACAGAAUGGUAGAGAACUUUUACUUUUGUCUUCAAUCUGGAAAGGUGUUGCUGAAAGUUCUUCAAUGGAGAACUUGCUGUCCUAUACGAGCCCUUUUUUUUUUCCUUUGUCCCCUUAAUUUAUAUAAUUCUGAUGAUUUGUAGUUGGAUUUCUGUUUUAAUCUUUGGAGAAGAAUAUAAUGAAUGCCAUAUCAAGAAAAUUAUUGUAAUA